AUGAGAACUGAGCAGGUGGAGCGGUGGGAGCCUUCGGGAGCAGCGCUCAAGCGCCUUGAAGCUCGAGUGGGCUCGGGUUGGGAGUCAGAGCUUGCUGAAGUGGGGAAACAGUGCAUCGAUAGCGAAAGCGGCAGCAGCGGCAAGGAGGGAAGGGAGAGAGACGCGGGCACCGGGAAUGUGAGAGGACUGGCUUGCGGACCCUCAUCAGGGUGGAACUAUGUGGACGUAGAUAGCCUGGGCCCGAUCGUGUCGUUGAACGUGGGGGGUCGACUUUUCACGGCGUCCAAGGACACGUUGAUGCGGGUGAAGGACUCUUACCUUGCUGGAAUCCUGAUGGGAAGGCUUCCGGUCUCACGCGAUAAGGAAGGAAACAUCUUCAUCGACAGGGACCCCAAGAAGUUCAAGCUGAUCCUCUCCUACCUGCGAGACGACAUCCUCGCUGUACCCCGCGACCCGAUCAAAUCAGGAGAGCUUCUCCUUGAGGCAAGAGACUCUCCUGCUGCUGCUUCUGCUCCUCCUCCUCCUCUCGCUUCCAUGACGGUGCGCUGCGAUCAGGCGAGGUUUUUCCAGCUCGCUGAGCUCGAGCGGAUCAUUCAGGACGCCUGGACGCAGACCUGCGUCCUCACCUUCUUCACCGAUAUCUCCACCGGGCUUGUACACACAGUUCACGUGGACGGUCCGACGGAUGUCAUCAAGAGCAUCAGGGCUGCGGUAGCGGAGGAGGUAAGCAUGGAGCACCUCUCCUACUCCCUCGACGGCACUCUCCUCACGCUCAACCUCGAUGGCUCGCACGGAGGGGUCGAGGUCUCCUCUCACGGGCUUGGAGGAUGGAACCACAGCAGCAGCCUCCUGCAAGCUCUCCUGGCGCAGGGAUGGGAGCUCUGUCAUCAGGAUCUCUGCGGAGGCGUCGGGGACAUGGCGGGCAGCGGUCUCAGGAAGGAUGCGCGAUCUCCGCUGGGUGUCAAGCAGGAGAACAGCUGGGAGAGGUCGGCGGUGAGCCGAGCCCUGUAG